GCCGCCAGAGAGCGGAGCGAGCUGAGCCCUGCGCCGCCGCCCGUGCGCCCUUUUCCCCGCGCCCGCCCGCUCGCUCGCCAGCCGCAUCCUCCGCACCCUCUCCGCCCGAGGACCUCCCGCGGCCGCCGGCCCUCCGGCCCUGCUCCGGGCCCCGCGCCGCCCGCUCCACUUCGCGUAGCAACUUGGGCGGCCGCGCGCCGCAGCCUCGUCGCCUUUGAAGUUCGCAGCGCCGCCCGCAAAGUUGAGACGCCCCGGCAACUGCACUCUCCUGCCUGCUGCCGCCUCCGCCCGGUCCCCGCGGGUCCCGAACGCUGGGCUAAGCAUCUGGCCGCCGCGGGACGUAGACGUUUGGCGCCAACACCGCGGGGACCAAGUUUCUUCUCCCCCAGGAGGAACUGGCAUAUUUUCUCCAGGAUGGUGCCUCUGCGGUGGUGGCUGUCCUGGCUGGUGCUGGCCCUCGGCUCGCGGACCCAGAAGCUGCCCACCCGCGACGAGGAGCUCUUCCAGAUGCAGAUCCGGGACAAGGCGUUCUUCCACGGCUCCCCGGUGAUUCCAGACGGGGCUGAGAUCAGCAGCUACCUCUUCAGAGACACGCCCAAAAGGUACUUCUUCAUGGUGGAAGAGGACAACACCCCGCUGUCGGUGACGGUGACACCCUGCGACACGCCCCUGGAGUGGAAGCUGAGCCUGCAGGAGCUGCCAGAGGAGGCCAGCGGGGAGGGCUCCGGUGAGCCCGAGCCCCUGGACCAGCAGAGGCAGCAGGUGACGAGUGCGACGGGCGCGGAGCUGUUCUCCUACAAAGGCAACGACGUGGAGUCCUUCCUGUCGUCCAGCUCCCCCUCCGGCCUGUACCUGCUGGAGCUUCUGUCCACGGAGAAGGACACGCACUUCAAAGUCUAUGCCACCACCACGCCCGAGUCCGACCGGCCCUACCCAGAGUUGCCCUACGACCCCCGCGUGGACGUCACGGCCCUGGGGCGCACCACGGUCACGCUGGCCUGGAAGCCGAGCCCCUCGGCCUCCCUGCUGAGGCAGCCCACUCACUACUGCGUGGUCAUCAACAGGGAGCACAACUUCAAGAGCCUCUGCGCCGUGGAGGCGAAGCUGAGCCUGGACGACGCCUUCAUGGCGGCCCCGAAACCCGGCCUGGACUUCAGCCCCUUCGACUUCGCCCACUUCGGGUUCCCGCCCGGCAGCCCGGGCGCGGAGCGCGGCCCCCUGACCGAGCCGCCUCCCCGCCCGGGCCGGCCAGCCCCCUCGCGGCCCAGGGCCGACGUGCGGAAGGUCUGCAUAGGCAACAAGAACGUCUUCACCGUCUCCGACCUGAAGCCCGACACGCAGUACUACUUCGACGUCUUCGUGGCCAGCAGCCACAGCAACCUGAGCACGGCCUACGUGGGCACCUUCGCCAGGACCAAGCGGGAGGCCGAGCAGAAGACGGCCGAGCUGAAAGACGGGAGGGUGACGGACGUGUUCGUGAAGAGGAAGGGAGCCCAGGUCCUGCGGUUCGCCCCCGUCUCCUCCCACCAGAAGGUCACCUUCUUCGUCCACUCCUGCCUGGGGGCCGUGCAGGUCCAGGUGAGGAGAGACGGGAAACUGGUCCUGUCGCAGCACGUGGAGGGCAUCCGGCAGUUCCUGCUCCGGGGGAAGCCCAAAGCCAAGUACCUGGUCCGCCUGAAAGGGAACAAGAAAGGGGCGUCCGUGUUGAAGGUCCUGGCCAGCACGCGGCCGGGCAAGCACGCCUUCCCCUCGCUGCCCGAGGACACGAGGAUCAAAGCCUUCGACAGGCUGCGCACCUGCUCCUCGGCCACCGUGGCCUGGCUGGGCACGCAGGACAGGAACAAGUUCUGCAUCUACAAGAAGGAGGUGGACGACAGCUACAGCGAGGACCAGAAGAAGAGAGAGCAGAACCAGUGUCUAGGACCGGACACGAGGAAGAGGUCGGAGAAGGUCCUCUGUAAGUUCUUCCACAGCCAGAACCUGCAGAAAGCGGUCACCACGGAGACCAUCACAGGCCUCCAGCCGGGCAGAGCCUACCUGCUGGACGUGUACGUCGUCGGGCACGGGGGCCACUCGGUGAAGUACCAGAGCAAGGUCGUGAAAACCAGGAGGUUCUGCUAGUGACCUGGGGCAGAGGUGCAGGACGCAGACUGCCAGGAGAGAUGGAGAGUGAGCCAGCGCCCCCUGCGGGUGGGAGGCCUUGGGGCCGGCGCCCGUGCUGUGGAAGGAAGGGUGUCAGCGUGUCUGUGGGCCAUGGCGUGCCCCGGGCGGGGGAGACUCGUUCCGGUGUGCCCAGCGUGCUGACGUCUCAGACAGAGGACGUCUCGAAGGAACCGCCAUCCCUUGCUUUGACCACUGCAUGAACCGCUCCUAAAUUAUUUUAUUACCUAAAAAGUUAAAAUAUGCCAUUCAUUGCACACAUCCACAAAAGCAAAUCAUUCCUCUCUAUAGAUGCUAGAAGAUAUAUAUAUAUAUAUAUAAAUUAUUUUAUAAAGUCUUGUUUUAAAUGUCUGUGUUUCUAUGAUUGUAAACUAUUAAAUUCUUCUCCUGUUAAAGUGCAGAUUUAAUCUAAGUAUACGAAGUGGACAGCUCUCUAGUCAGUGAUACUGUAAAUUCUUACCUGUUGAGUAAAAUGUUGAAAUGCGGUAUGUAUCUCAUGUACAAAGUCGACACAUGAUAUUCAUGUACAUAAAAUUAAAGAUACUAGAUGACGUACUGCUCAUUUUCCCAAGCAGCUACCUUGGUGUAUUCAAUCCAUGUUCCGUCCGUCCAACUGCGCCUCUCUGUACUUCGGCGCCAGAACUGACCCUUUUUUAUGGUUAAAGGACCUGCUGUCUCUCCCUGAAGGCCGGUGGCACUGGAGGUGGGCAUUCUGUUGUUGUGGUUCGAUGGCAAACGGCUCGCUGCUGUGAGCACUGAGGGAGCCCUGGUGGGCUUGUUCGAACAGAUUGGACGAAUCAUCCCGAACAACCUGCACUUUAAUGACGAGCACCUGUUUUAAGCACAAAGCAGAGGACAGUCCAUAUGUUUUCCCUCUGACUGUGAUUAGGAACGAGAAAACGACAGAGGCUGCUGUUUCGUAACAUUAACAGUCUGGAGCUUUUAACUUUGAUAUUUUCAUGAAUUUUUAAAAGCUAAUUUGGGUGUAAGCUGGAACCGAGGCCAAGAAGAACGGGGACCGCGUCUCAGGGCUCUGCAGGAAGGGCCGUCCCGGGGGGCCGUCAUUCCUCGCAGGUUCUGUCCGUGCGGUGGCGCAGAGCCCUGGACCAGGGUUCGGAAGAGUCCGGAACUUACAGUCGUGGAAGCCAUGUGACUUCAGGAAGACCUGUCACUGUCUCCUGUCUCCCGUUCCUUUUUGUAAAGUCGGGUGGUGACACAUUUGGGUAACAUGGCAUUAUAGCAUCUCUUCUAUUAGAACACGUUGCUCUUGGUGGAAUCUGUGACCCUCAGAGAAUGUUUCUGGAACCAGCAGUAGGGACAGGUGUAACCCUUAACCUCUCGCGGUCCUGGGCCUGCUGGCCCCACCCUUCACCUGGGGUGCGGCAGGUGGCGUUCCCACGGAGCGCAGGUCGCGACGGCUCAGGUGGGUCAGUGGUGUCACUCAACAGAUGAUGUGGCCACUGGGAGAAAAUAUCCCCCGUAAAAGUCCAGCUGGUCAGUGUUGAAUCCAAACCAGAGCCCGUCACAUCUGUCCAAAACAGCGAUGAGAUCUGAACUGAUUUUCAUGAGAGCAGGCAUGUAACUUCCCGAGGAAAACGCGGGUGGACACUAACCCUGUAAAUCUGAGCACAUCCCGGAGGCGUGGCCCCUGAGUCAUCAGCUGCCUUCCGAGGGAGGAUCCACUCUCUCCGUCAUCACAAAUGUGUUACUGCGCAGCAACGUGCCGGGUUCACGGCGGCAAACCAGUCGUUGCAGCUUCCGAGGGGGGCGGGCUUCACACUCAGAGACCCGGGGGCCCAGGCCGAGUCCUCGUCACCGAGUCUCUACUUUUGAGCCGCCUGUGACUGUGGCUUCCGCAGAGUCUGGAUAAAUCCGAGAACCCUUUCAAGGUGUACCAGGGAAAUUGGGCUUUUAAAAAUUACAGGAAAAAUUAAAGACAUUGUGAAAGUGCUGUCACUCAUAAAGAGAAAAAAAGCUAUAAAAAUAAGUCUCCCUCAUUUACUACUGUGUUCAGGUUUGGGGGCAUUCAGGUGAACUGAGGACAAGAGAGAAGACGUGUCGUUAAUGAACAAAAGGACCGGAGAGCAGCAGCUGCGGAGAAGCACCACCGAGUGUCCUUCAAGCUCUAGGGGUCUGUGCUGACGGCGGGGUGUUGGGAGUCCCUGUUGGGACUCCCAGAGCAUCACUGAGGAGGAGGAGUUUGAACACACAUAGUUCAAGUUCACAAUCUUCAUUUUUCAGGUGCAAACAUCAAUGGAAGACCAGAGAAGUGAAAACGGAGUUCUCGUAGUUGAAACCGAUUAAGUGGUGGAAUUGCCCAAAGUCCUCGCCUGAGUAUAAAUCACCAAUUCUCGGGGUAAGGCGGUGUGUGUGGGGGGUUAACUUGUGGAUUAUUUUCCAAAAGGAAACAAACUUCCAUUGGUGGUUUUAAAGCAACUCAUUCUUAAAGACCAUUUUGGAUUUCCUUAAGAUUCUGUGUAUAACCUACAACGAAUAACUCCAAACUUGUAAGAAAAAAAAUUGUAUGGCUAUUUUUAGAGACACAAAAUAUUCUAAUCUAGGUUUAUGCACACGCAAACCUGAGGCUACAGGAUCAUUAGUCAGUUGCUUAAAUGGUAGCCCUGUAUUUGCUAAAUAAUUUGUUAAACUAUUCAGAAUCUAUAAGAGUUCUAGCAGAUAAUUCUCCUGGUGAAGUUACUUUAUCAUCAGUGUCCAGAUAAAUUUUUAGGCAUGCUUCAAAGGAUUGGGGCCAGAAAGACGUAAGCACCCUGUGUUUUUGCUACUUGGAAUACAUUUGAGAAAAUGGUGACUUUGGAAUCCUGCAAAGCCAAAUGGACUGACCGCAGUAAACUCAUCACUCAGAUGAUCUUCGGGGUCUGAAAGACGCUGAAUGGUUCUUAACAGUGGCGGGGGGGGCGUCCAGGCACCUUCAUGAGACACACACACAGUUUCAGGUACAAGUCAGGAGACCUGACGACCCUGCAGCCCCUUGGCGUCUCUCUCAGUGCUGAGCCAGCCCCUCUGGGGACCACCCGGGACAUGGCCUCCUUUCUGACAUGGGCAACUGAGGCCCAGUGAGACCAGAACCCAGAUUUCUGGGCUCCCGGUUCACUUCAGGAAACCAUGGCGAGUCACCCCACGCGUACGUCUCUGCCUCUGUUCAGGGGCUGGCGCCAACACAGAGUGCACAAAACCAGCCCCGAAGUGGAAGAACUCGGGGACGUGGAGCUCCUGCGGCCGCUGCCUUCUCUCUCUGAUACGGAGACACUAGGAGAAGAGGGGUGACACCAUGUGAAACCAGGGACAUCAGCAAGCAUCACCUUGGGGUCUGUCCCCCGGCCAGCAAAGCCACCGCUGGCAGGCCUGGGCGUCCUGGGCACUCCUCCGAGGGGAGGGACCUGGGGGCACCAGGGCACACUCACUGCUGUGCUGUCCCCAGAGACUGUCGGCUGGAAAAUGAACUGUGAGUUGGGACUUGGGGCGAUUUUGUUAGUUUGAAGGUGAAAAGUGGAAGAAAGAGGGGUAGAGAGGGGAGAUGGGGGAAAGUUUAGUUUUAUCUCAUUUCUUUCCCUAACCGGCGUUUGAGAUCAAAUAGGGCUUGAUUUUACAAAGCUUUGGGAAUCUGUUCUACACCCGACCUUACCCUGGAAAACGUCACCGUAAUCACCGUCUGUUAACACUGUGAGAGACCCUCGGUUUCCUGGGAAUGGUGGAUUGUGAGUCUGGGUCAAAUUUCCUUCAUUUCUGCUCAUGUACCUUCUGCCCCUUCAACCUUUGAGAAACAAACUCAGUCAUCAAAGGUUAAAGAGGAAGUUAACUAGAAUGGCUAGUCAUAACCUCCCUUAUACCACUCUCAAAGAUGUUUUAGACUAUUCAUUCGAAGGAGGCGACUGGUCACCGCCAGAGAAAAACAACCAUCUCCGAGGUCGGCCAGGCCCUGGGUGGAGCCCUCGGCCCCCUACCAUUGGUCAGCCGCUUCCCCAUUGUGUUGGGGGCAGAGCUUGGUGCAGGGAGGGUUGGUCCCAGAAAAAGACCCAUCAAAACUGGAAAUGGAUAAACGUAGCUCAUCCUCCCAGUGGGCCACGGGGAAGGGUAAGGGUUUCCUGGAACUGGCUAGAAAGAGAGAGCCAGAGGCUUUGAGUGAGGGACAUGGGAGGCUCCUCAGACAUGGGGUGUCCUGUGACUUCCGGUUUGGGGGCAAUUAUUUGGAGACUAAGGUGCAAAAUAGAGACAUCAGAGUGGGCGGGUCCUUGCUGUGGGCGAUGAGGUCCAGUUGGAACCAUCUAGAAAGACGACCUUCUUACAGCUGAGAUGGGACGAAUGUGCUGCUUUGCUUUUGAGUGCAGAAUGAUCGUCCGAAAUGGUGGCUUCUAAGCAGCAGUUAGAAAGUGUUUGCCACCUCCCUCUUCUUGUGUUAAUAACCUGCCAAAAUUAACAGCCCAGUCAAAUGGCCCUAGUUUGGAAAUAAGCAAACACCUGUGUCUGGUCCAGAGUUAGUUCUUCGUGUGAUUCUCCCAAUUUAUACAAAUAGGGCAGCACAGUAUUAUACACCUAAUCUAUGUAUAAGUUGUUUCAGUUAUAUGUACUUGACAAGGCCAUGAAAUGUCCACAUUCAGCUAUAACUCUGACAGGGUUUUGCGUCUGAGAAAAAUUGUCUACAAUCAACAGAAUCGAGUGUGUGAGCAGUAGUGGGGUUAGAGGUUCGGUCUCGCCCCUUCCUGUAAAACAACUCGGAAAUAAGAUGAAUAUGUUAGCGCCUUCACUGCGCAGGCCUGACAGUUGCAGCACCCAGUCAACAGGCAGCUUCUGGAAGCAGCCACUCAGCCCGGAGAACCACAGAAAUGUCCCAGAGGCCUCCGCGUCUGCCCCACCCAGCCCGUGCCCGUCCGCAGACUCCCGGGCUGGAAUUAACAGACCGCGGCGCCCUCCUCACAGAGACAGCCAGACGGGGCGUGAGCCGCAGCAGGACUUUGCUGACAGUCCAGGGCCGCCCGUCACCGCGACCGCCCCUUCCCAACGUGGGUGUCCGGGUUCAGGACAGCCGCAGUCGCCGUAGCAACACUGAAAGUUUCCGGCUCUUUCUGGGUGUGGUAAGAGCUCUGCUCAAGCCAGGUAAGGAGGCAAGUGGACCAAUGAGGGCAAAAACCAAGUAUACGUAGUUCUCAAGUAACCAAAUAAAAUCCAACCAGUUUUAAAAUGUCACUGAACAGACAUGUUUUUAAAGAGAGCACAGACUGUUGGCCGACCGCUUUAUGUGGUGGGUUGGAACACCUGCUGCCCAGGAGCAAACAGGGCUUCAGAACUUGCCUCGACUGAAGCGGCCAACAUCUAAGGGACAGGUUUCCCGAUUUUGCUUUUUCCCAUCAUGCACGCGGUCACGGGCUCUUGAGGGUAACCCGGGAGUGAUCUUCAGGCACGGAGAAAGAGGACACAGAUGGGAAAUUAGGGCAGGACCACAGCGUCCCCAUUUAAGUGGCGUGUGUUUUGUUGUAUUUGUCAACUAAUGGCAGGGGGCUGGGUGCUGAGCCAACCUGGCUGCUCCUGACGCCCAUUCCUGGCUGGGUGUCCCGUGUGGAUAAAUUCUGCGACCGGGCACGCCAGGGACCAAAGCACACAGACGCUUAUGUCCUGCCGUGGAGAUCUCGGGAGAAGAGAACUCCAGUUUUCAAUAUCUCUGAGGACUUUGGGCCAUUCGUAGACUACCCAGCAGCUCCCAUAAAACUCACUCGUGCUUUCAAAGUGCGUUGGCGGCUUACCUAUGUUAGAACCAGGGAAAGAAUACCUUUUGAUUGCACUGAGUUUUCUCUAUUGGAGUUCAACAAGCUAAUAAGGGCAAGGACAGCAGUGGACAGUGGAGGCCCAGGAAGCGGCCGUGGAUGGCUUUAACUCCUGCGACUUGAGUGGCUUCAUUUGUAAAACGAGGAGGGUGAUGAACACUAAGGUUCUUUAUGGAAAAGUAGGGAGCUAAGCAAAGCAGCUAGUGAGUGCCAGGCAUGAGAGCUACAGCUGCUCAAUCCUAACGACUCUGAAAUGCAGGAGUUAUGUUAUCCUCACUGCACAGACGCAGAACCCAAAGAACAAAGAAGCCCCAGGUGUCACCAGGUGGGCACGAAGCGGGGCCGCC